GUCAACCACAUCUGUCAUACCAAUGUCAUUCCCUCAACAAAUUCAAACGCAAUAGGUUUUUGCAAUGUGACCAAAAAUAGAAUAAAAAAUGAGUGCAAUAUUAAAAUUUAUUCGUGAAAAUCACAUAUUAGCUCUUAUAGAACAGGCCAUUGUGAAAAAGAAGUCCCGGUUGAGUUUAAACGCGUUCGAAAUAACAGAAAUACCUAACCUGUUGUACAACUGUAUGGACGUUGAAAAUCUUUAUUUACAUAGAAAUAAAAUAACAGUGAUCCCUGUGCAAAUUACUGACUUAUUAAACUUGACCACGUUGACUCUAGACUAUAAUAACUUAAGUACCUUGCCACCGGAGUUAGGGAACUUGAAAAAUCUUGUGAAUUUGAAUAUAAGUUAUAAUCCGUUGAAUGUGUUGAUCCCUGAAAUUGGUGAGCUGGAGAAUUUGGAGGCGUUCUGGUGCAACAGGAUAGGGCUCCGGGAGAUCCCGAAGGAGAUCGGCAAGUUGAGCAAGUUGGACACUUUUGGCGCGCGCGGGAACGAACUCACUACCAUUCCCGAGGAAAUGACCAAAUUGGCUAAACUGAGGUGGCUGACCCUGGAGAACAACCAGAUAGAGACCCUCCCGGAUGGACUGGACAAGAUGGAAGCCCUGGUGCACUGCAACCUUCGGAACAACAACCUUAGGGAGUUCCCCAUGUCGAUACUUAAGUGCUCUGACCUUAUGUUCUUGCAGAUCAACAAUAAUCAGAUAUCCAGUUUGCCAGAAGACUUCGACACGAGUUUCCUGACUGGGCUUGAAAUGAUCGAUCUACGGUUGAACCCUAUAUGUGAAUUGUCACAUCCAGAGCACCCUCUAGUCCGCUACGCAGAGGAGCUGCCCUCGAGCGAGGCGCUGCAGGAGCUGUCGUCUCAGGCGUCCAGCAGCCGCGGCCACGCGCAGAUGGCGGUCAACGCCACGCAGCUGCGCCUGCCGCCGCCGCGACACCCGCCCGACCCCAACGUCGUCGGAGAUGAUUCGUUGCAGUUAGUUGUAAAUGGGACCCAGAUUAGACCUCAGAGACACACACCAGACCCACUGCUUGUUGAAAUGGACUUGGACGCGUCAUCGAUCGAGUCAUCUGAGGACUGGGAGAACAGCGUCAACAGUUCCGAGCUGGACGUGCAGUACCAGAGUGACGAGGACAGGGCUGACAAUGAGAUCGCGCAAUUUUUCCAGGCCAUUGGGAUGGUGUUACCAGAGUUGUCCCGCUACGCCUCCACCGCCAGUUGAGCUGGCAACACUGAGCCUCCACCACUGAUUGAGCUGGUAACACUAAUGGUAACCCUGCACAAAACCGCUGAAGAGAUAAAAAGUAAAGUAAAAAUUAUUGAUAUUUUUUUCAGUUCUAAAUUAGCAAAAUAGUAACAUGGAAGUCGAUUUCGAAAUAUUUUUUUAUAUCAACUGUCAACCUGUCAAAAUAAUCACAAAAAAUAUACGUAAUCGUCAAAUUUUAAUGUACCCCAUUUCUUAUCGGGGGCUUUAAAAAAACAAACGGCAGGUAAAAUACAAUUAUCUCGUGCAAGAAUGUAUCUCUAAUGAAACUGCGAUAUGCUUCGCGAAACUUGGGAGCUCCCAAUCAGUUCUCAGACUAUUCAAAGAAAGAAUUUAAAAUCACUAACCUCAUAGCUGAAAUAUUAAGCCUAAGGCUGCCUGUCCAUCGGAGCGGAGCGACGAAACGGGAGAAAUAUUUAUUUAUUUACAUUUCACAACAUUACAGUGCAGAAGCGCCAAUGCGCCGUGAAAGUCUCAUAAUUACACAGGGUGUUAGUGACAGCGUAACGAAUACUAAGGAGGAUAAUUCAGACCAUGAUUCUGAGUCGAUAUCAAGUGGAAUUUCCUGUCGGAAAAUUCAUGUUUUUUUUUUAAUUAUUUUCGUUUCCUUAUGCGACGGAAAAUUUCACUUGAUAUCAGCUCAGAAUGAUCUGAAUCAUCCCUCAAAGUUUUCGUUACGAUGUCACUAACACCCUGUAUAAGCACUCAGACUGAGGAAACAUAAGUAUAAAUAAGAUUCCUAUGUAUACUUAAAGAAAGAGUAAACAAUAUCAAAACAUAUUUCAUCACCAAUAGGAUUGGACAAACAAGUUCGCAACUCCAUGUAUUUGGUUAAUAUUAUUCCGUUUCUCCGCUCCGCUGCCUCGCUCCGCUCUAGUAGACAGGCAGCCUAAGGCAAUAAAAGCCGGAGGUCGGUCCGGCUAAGGCCCACAUCAGACUUUUUGUAGGACAGACAAUCGGGUCUAUUUUUCCUCCAAUUCUUAUGACCGAUUUUGUGACCGACUCAACCUACGGAUCGGUCGGGAUGCGCCGAUUUUAUUUCUGACCGACUUUUUGUAGGACGUAGGCGUUACACUAUUGCGAGCAGGACGUUCUAUUUUUCUCCUACAAAAAGUCGGUCGCCGAUUGUCUGAGGGCGGGCAGCCUAACGAGUGGUGGGCGUUUGAAAUUCCGCGUAACCCCAAGUAAACCUCACGUACCCUGGGGGUACGGUCACGAGCAUUAAUAUGUAUACACUUUGGUACCAUGUCACAUUAACUUUUUUGACAAAUUGAACUGUAAGUCUCACUAAAUGUCAAAUAUGUUAGUGCGACAGAGUCCUAAAGUGGGUACAUUAUAUUGCUCAUGACUGUACAAAUACCCGCAAUUGAGGACCACUGACUUAUCAAUAUAACAUUUUGGCAGCUAUUUUAAGUAAAUCAUAACGUGAUGUAUUUAUUAUGUGGGUGCGAUUUUCGCUCAAAAUGUGUAAAACGUAGGAUGAAUAUUUUCUGUUAGUUCUAUCGUACACUCCUAUUACUUAGGGCGGUUUUAGCGUCACGAGAAUUAGUUCAAGCGUGCGUCCCUCAACGUGGCUUUAUAGAACAAACCACGUAAGCGCCUUUAAAAAAAAUCACACGUGGUUGUUUUUGUUAACAAAAAAAAUAUAUUUUAGGUCUCAAUUUUUAUCCGGAAUGAAAUGAAUUGAAAGAAACCGAGAUUUUGUUGAAGAAAAUCACAUAAGAAUGUGAUUUUACAAAAAUAGUUUUCAUUAUAAGCCACACCACCAUAUGAAGAAGUUCUUUGCAGUUGCUACGCAUGCGUGCUAAUCCUUUGUGACACUAAAAGCAAAUUGCGUGACACAAAUAUUUUUUCCAUAAUACAGACAAAAUAUUAUACUCAGUAAGGGGUUUACUGAGUAUAAUAUUUCGUCUGUAUUAUGGAAAAAAUAUUUUUGUACUAAAAGUAUGGAAUUUAAAUUAAUAAAAAAUUAAGGAGUAUGUCGAUAACAGAGCAAAAUCGUAAAAAAACAGUCGCUCAAGAAUAAUCGACCAUUAAAACAAAUUAAUAAUCGCAACACCAAAUAUAUUUUUAGUGAAAGUUCUUAAAAGUCUCCAGUUAGUGGAAUACUGUAAAUUGGUGAAUUGAGAUGAAAAAAAAAAUCGAUUUUUUUUUUUAAUUACGCUCUAGAAAUGUACAUAAAUAACUGUAAAUAAUUUCUUUAAGAUACUUUUUCCCCAAAUUUUUCGCACAAUGUUAAUUACAUAAUCAGUAAAUUUUAAAAGUUCUUGUGAGUAAUUCGAAUGAUUUUUGUUUUUAUGAUAAGGGCGGUUAAAAAGGCAACAUCGAAGCAAUUCAUGUAAAAAACCAAUAUUGCUAUUUGACAUUUGUGUGCAUUGCGCACUUACUUUUAUAUGACUAAAAGUGCACCUCUACGGUACCUAAGCUACGUCCCUUCCAAAUUUCAAGUGCCUACGUUUAGCCGUUUAGGCUGUGCGUUGAUAUGUCAGUCAGUCAGUUUCUCCUUUUAUAUAUUUAGAUGACAAAUUGCAAUAUUGCUUUUUAAGUGAAUUGCUUCGAUGCAAUGUGGCCUUUUUAACCCCGAAGUUUUUCAAAGUUAAAUCAUUUAUUGUGACAAAGUGACAUAACUUAUUUUUUCGUUGAACACACAAUUUCUAAACCGAAAUUAACCGUGGUUUUUACUUUAGAAAAACGUCCUGUUUUUUAACAUAGCAAAUAAUCGAAAAUAUUUUUAAGUUUUUGUUUUUUAAAUGGUUUUUGUUUUUUAUUUGUAAAUAAAAUGAUGUAUAAAUAAAUAAAAUGGUGCUGUAAUUUUGUCUUCAUCUAAUGUUUUAGUUACUUAAGAAAGCAUAUGUCCGGCCUAGUAGUGAAUUGCCUACGACGCAAAUCCGCAAUAUUUUUAGGAAAGCAAAAAAAUAUCAGGUUACUUCAUAUAGGUGCCGAUACUGCAGACUGAAACUUAAUCUUAACAGUAAAGAUAUCCUUCUCUAACGAUAAGUGAACGAAAGAGACAGUGCUAAUUUUAUAACUGUCAAACUCCAUUGAAAUUAAGUUGAUGUCUGCUAGAAUCGAUACCAUUAUAUUAUACGUAAUGUGGAGUAUGCUCCACUAUAAUGCUCCUUUGCGGGUAGGUGGAGAAUUGAAGGGAAACUGUGUAUCCUAAUUGACCGGGAAUCGAACCCGGGACCUAACACAACAAAGAUCGUGUGUUGCAGCUUCAAGCCUAUACAUUUUAUGUAUUCGUUUAAAUUUCAACGUAAUUGACAAGAAUACGUAAUAAAUGAAUCCUUGAUAAUAUAAUCUUAAGUAACUAUUACGUGAAACUAUAUUUUUGUUAGUAUUUUUUAUGUAUACAGUGUGUUAGUGACAUCGUAACGAAAAUUUUGGGCGAUGAUUUAGAGCAUCAUUCUGGGUUGAUAUCAAAUGGAAAAUGUAUGUUUUUUUGUAUUUUUUAAAAUUAUUUUAAGCUCAUACUUAUUGUACUGUAUGCUGCAUAGAACCCAAAAAAUGACAAAUUAUUAAAAACCAUAAAUGUGAAUCAAUGUAUAUAUAGUCUAGCAACUAUUCGCGUUCGAUUUACGUUGCGGCGCAGCAAAACAUGAAAAUCUUUCCGACAAGAAAAAACCUAUCAUCGUUUUUAGUAAUAUGUAUACGCUUUGAAACCAUGUCACAUUAACUUAUUUGACAAAUUAAACCGUAAGUCUCAUAAAAAUGACAAAUAUUAUAGUGCGACAGGGUUCUAAAGUGGGUGCAUGAAAUUGCUCACGACCGUACAAUUAAAUAGAUGUCCUAUUUUUGUUUUCGUUACGAUGUAAGUAACACUCCGUAUAUUAAGUAAAUUAGAUAAAUAAUCUUAAGAAUUUCUAUAAAUCUAUUACGGAAAUUCUGUAAAAGAAAUGUUUUUAUUAUUUACCAACUUACACAGACAUGUUUUAAAAUCGAAUGCGUCUCUCUGAUAUAAUUAAAAACUAUUACAAUCAUAAUAUUUUUUUAAUUUAUUGUAAAAAAGCUGUAAAAGACAAUUGGCUUGUACAUUUGCUUAAAAAGCUGUAAAAAACGCAAUAAAAAUAUAUUUUAACUAU